AUGACACGGUCGGCGGCGCGAACAGCAUUGGAUGGAAACAACGAAGUUGGCGUUGUGGACGCUUCUCUCCCUAAGCGUUUGUUUAAUCUUCUUGAUGCGAAAUCAAAGGAGCGGGUUCUGCGGUUGAUAACGACCUUCCGUGGCUCGACCCUGAUGGAGCAGGAGGCUUUUGCGCAGGAGGUUGGGGCUACCCUGGCAGCAGAAGAGCAGGAGAAGCAGGGGCCAGGGCCACUGACAAGUCGAUUGCUAAGCGGCCCGGCGCUGCAGGUGCGAUCACGUGACUGCAGCUACGUUGCCUUGGCUGAGCCCAAGCUGCAGUUGAAUUCUGCGUCAGAAACAGUCGCCAUGAUCAAAUCUUUAUUGAAGGAGCGGCCGUUAGUGUCUGCCCGUACGGAGCACGCGGGGGACGAGUCAGAGCCACACACAGAAUGUCACAGUCAAUCUACGGCAGGCGCACUGGAUGAUGGGGCUGCUGAUGCCAACUCUCAACAUGAGGUCUCGCCACCCAAAGAAUACAGGGCAGUUGCUGUCGCUAGCGUUGAUGGGGAAGAGAGAGAAAAUGAUUCUCAGGCACCUAGUGUCUUAUUCCGCACUCGCGGUUAUCAAGCGCUGCGCCUGGCCCGUGGGGAAGAGUGCCUUUCUGGCACGGAGGCUGAUACUAGCACAAUGCGUUUGGUGCUGAAUCUCACCGGUAUGCCUCUCGAUGAGGCCGACUUGUGGGAGUGGUUUGAAAUAUUGGAUGUCGCGCGAAACGGCACCAUUGGCGUGGUGCCCUUCCUACAAACCAUCAAGAAUUUAGACCGUGGCUUUGGCCUGACAGAGAAGGCGGAUCAGGAAUUUGCGCGGGAUGUGGAGGCCAUUGCAACGGACGGGCAGCUAACGUUUGAGAAGUUUGCGUAUUUGGUGACGCGUUUUCUCAGACAGUAG